AUGUUGUCAGUCAACCUUAAGGAUGCUAUUUUGGAUGCCACAUUUGCUUGGCAGCAAGUAAAAAGCAUGACCCUGAUAAAAUCUUGGAAGAAUAUUUGGCCCAACAACCCACAUCUUGCAACAUGCAACACCGUAUCCAACAGCGAUUCUGUACCUAUUUUAGAGGCUGCACUUGAAAUUUGUAACGAAGUGAAACUUGCGCCAGAAUCAAUCGAAGAAUUCAGAACAUGGAUUAUUGAGGACAACCUUGCUGAUGAUGUGACAGACGCAGAAAUAAUCCAGGAAGUCACGACAAUACAUUACGACGUGGUCGAGGAGGCAGUGCCGGAGAAAAACUUCACUAUCAGCUGUGAUGAAGCGGUAUCAGCAGCCUUUACUUUGUUUCGUUGA